GGCGGGGUACAGGGAAGCGGGAGGAGAAAACAACUUCCUAGUUCCUCCCUGAGGCUUAAGAAACGCUCGGGGGUUUGGGGGAGCUUUCGAGUUGCUUUCUUUCGGGGAGUCCCCGAGAGCCGUGACUGGUGGGUAGAGCUCCCAGGGGAUCAACGUGAGUUCUCUCGCCCCUAAAGGUCAGGACCGUCUGUUCAGAAGGAAGCCAGUCUUUCAAAGGUCCGGGCCAUUCCCACAGCGACUCGGAUGGUGGCUGGGAGGCCCUUCCCCCCAGGAACUGGGGCAAGCGGGCAGCCAAAAGAUGGCUAAUUACACGUCCACACCAGAGGAUGAGUAUGAUGUCCUCAUAGAGGACGAUCUGAAUAACAAGAUAGAGCAAUGCGACCAAUAUGACACCAAGAUUCUCUCAGCCAAGCUGGUGCCUGCUCUCUACACAGUGGUGUUCCUGCUCGGUCUUCUGGACAAUCUGUUGGUUGUGCUUAUCCUGGUAAAACAUAAAGGACUAAAACGAGUGGAAAAUAUCUAUUUCCUAAACUUGGCAGUUUCUAAUUUGUGUUUCUUGCUUACCCUGCCAUUCUGGGCUCACUCUGCCACCCAUGGGGGGAUUCUCGGCGACCCCAAGUGUCAAAUUCUGGUAGCGCUCUCCUCUGUAGGCCUAUACAGUGAGGCAUUUUUCAAUGCCCUUCUGACUGUGCAAAGGUGCCUGGUGUUUUUUGACAUGGAGACGCUUUCCUCGGUGCCCCGUGGCAUCAUCACAAGUGUCCUGGCAUGGGGAAUAGCUAUUCUGGUCUCUUUGCCUGAAUUGGUGUUUUACGAACCACAGGUGGAAAGCCAGAAAUAUAAGUGCUUCUUUGGCAAACCUCAUUUCCUGCCGGCUGAUGAGACGUUCUGGAAGCGUUUUCUGACCUUGAGGACGAACAUUUUUGGACUUCUUUUCCCACUGUUUGUUUUUAUAUUUUGCUAUGUGCGAAUGAGAAAAACAAUAAGAUUUGGGAAAAGGAGAUAUGAUCUUUACAAGCUUGUUUUUGCCGUAAUGGUUGUUUUUCUUCUGAUGUGGGGACCCUACAAUGUUGCACUUUGCUUAUCCACUUUCAAAGACUACUUCUGCCUGCAAGACUGCAGGCACAGCUACAACCUGGACAAAAGUGUUCACAUCAUGAAAAUCGUUGCCACCACCCACUGCUGUGUCAACCCGCUCCUCUACGUGCUUCUUGACAAGGAAUUUAGGAAACACCUCUGCCGCCUUGGCCAUCUGGGUAACGCUCCACCGCAACCCACUGAGAGAUGCGCACCACGUACACCGGGAGAAGAACACGACCUUUCUGCUGAAAUGCAAACUAGCUUCCGUCAAAGCCAGGAUUAAAUAAACAUUGACUUUUGCCUCGUUGCA